AUGUCGACGCCUCCAGCAUUGCGCUUGCCACCUGAACUCGAUGAGCUCAUAUUCGACCACCUGAGUCACGAAAAGGCACUCUCAAGGCGUGUAGCCUCGUCUGUCGUGCAUGGCUAUUCCUCGCGAGGAAACAUCUUUUCGAAGCGUGCAUGGAAGAAAAUCAGGGGACGAUUCAGACGCAAGCUACGACGAGACUCGGCGAGUACGACGCCCAUAACUAGCGGCAAGAUGCCCAUUGCCCGCAGCUGGGUAGACUUUCUUCGCGUUGACAAGGCUUCCAACAAUGUACUUCGAUAUACCAAAAAACUCUGGUUUAUCGUGCCGCUCCAAAAGAGCACGAUUGGUCCCCCAGUCGGAUUCAUCUCAGAAUUGUUCCAGCGCCGACCAGGCUUACGUAGUCUAUACGUCGAGAGUUUCAACUCGUACAAUGCUACAUCAUCUACACUGCUCAAUGUGACCAACCUUGCCGCACACAUCUCUUCACUUCGUCUCACGAGCGUCAACUUUCCGUCGAUAGGAAACCUUAUGGGCUUUCUAUCGUCGAUGAUACAAUGCUCAAUAUUGGUCAUGACUGGCGUGACGUGGGAUAGCGACGACAGUUCGUUUUUGCAACAACAAUUAUCGCCUCCACCCAUCCGCAAGAUAGAACUAACAUCUACCGAUGUGCGACCAUUUUACACGUGGCUUCAGGUCAAACAGGCUCUAUCUGUUAUAGAAGCUGUUGCCAUCUCGCACCACACAACGGAGAACAGUGAAUACGAGAACGACUUGCUCAGCCAUUGCACGUCCCUUCGAACCCUAUCGAUCUACACAUGCGAGCCCUGUUUUCCUAGUAUUGCGGCGACGUUGGACUUUACAAAUUGUACAAGCGUGGAGACAAUAAUACUUAGGGCUCGAUACUCCGAUGUCAGCUGCAAAUGGAUGCUUCAUACGCUUAAGAAACUACCUCGACUCGACUUGCUGCGACGGGUGGUCAUUCACUUCAGCCACCUACUCUACAUUUACGCUAUCCCCAAGCAUUGCGCGCUUCUGGAUGAUUUUUUGUCGUUUGACCCCAUCUUGCCCAAGACGAUCUUGGUCAUAGCUGACGUUUCCCAGUCCCUAUCUCCCCUCGGCAGCUCUACCAACUUUGAAGCCUCGUUCCCAGAGCUUUACAAGAGCGGCCGCGUCAGAGUGGUCCUAAAUUCACCGAAUGCACGCGAUGAUCCAUUCUCGAUUGAAUGUCAACUUUGCAAGGCCUGGAGGCACAUGCUCCUUCCUUCUCUGCUCCAAUCAGCCACAUUUCGCUACAAAUAUCUCGACAAGCCAGCUAAACCAGAACCAACGAUCACCGUCAAGGUAAUAGAAUCCCGUUCUUGGAUACGGUCAAGGCUUUCGAAACUGCUCACCGCGUCACCGGAAGCGCCUAUGCGCGGGAUUGGUGACGCAGAACAGGAAAUAUGGAAUGAAGUGAUGAGGGUGCUGGAGUCGUCUCAAGAGACACGGCUUCUCAUCAAGAAACUGCAUUUAGUAGGCGUUAUUGGCGCCGCGGAGCAUCUGGAGACACUCGCAGAUAUCCUUGCACGCGUACCCAACGUGAAAGAGCUUGAACUUUCUAGCUGGGUGUGGAAAUCGUCCGGGUUCGGCGUCAAGCCGCUCAGUUUCCGAGCAGAGGCCAUCACUACCGUCACGUUUCGGAGCAUCAACUACUCGCUCAUGUCGCAAUUCGAGCAACAUCUCUCGCUCUUUCCAUGUUGUGUUUCGAUAAAUCUGCAUGCUGUACGGUGGUGGAUGGCCGAUGUCGACCGUCGGGUGCAACCUUUUCCUCGCACCUUGAAGCGCCUCUGGGCCCAAGGUGUCAACAUCACCACUAUUCUCGAGCGACUGCUCGAAGUCAAGCCACCACUUCAACUGGAGAGCGUAGGACUCGUACCGCUCCUUGAGCAAAAUAUCCGUGCUGUCAAUCGGCUACUUACACAAGUUGGGCGGACAUUGACGCAUCUAAGCAUUGGAUUUCAAAAUAUUUAUCGAACUGAAAUCUUAAGGCCCGACGCAUGCGUCAACUUGCUCUCGCUCAGUAUUGUGUCUGUACCUUGGUCACAGUGGGGGAGACCUGAUAAGACAUGGGCUACGACACUCCUUGGAAGGUUUGCCAUUGCCCGUCGCUUGCAGUCGAUUACCAUCGCCUAUGAACCCGUUACACCAGUCGUGGUCACGUCGUCGAUGAACACACUUGAUGUCGAUGAUAUGGUGGCACGGUCUUUCCCUCGAUUGCAAGCGUUUACGUUGCAGAAGGAAAGAUCUCGCAUCGACAACUCCUUCGAGGAGCUGGACAACUAUUUCCCAAAAAUGUUCGCCAAGGGGAUCCUCAAAGGAGAACUGCUACCACGAUACUCAGAUUUGUAG